CUAAUGAAUCUUCAAUCAAAGCAAGAUGUGAUGGCAUCUGAAGUUGCGUCGCUGGAGUGGAUUGCAUAAUCCUCUGCUCCAUCUGUGAAUAAGGAGAUGCAUUUGUGAGAACCAGACUCCCAAGUCUCAAAGUGGGAGAAAAAGAAUGUGGGGACUUCCUCCUCAGCCGUUCAUGGGACGGCUUCCUCUGCGACCUUUCUUUGGACCGCAGCCCAUCUCAUUCAUGGGUCCUCCUCCUCAUCCUCCACUGUUCUUUGAAGGCGAUCGCUUUUCUGCUGACCAAUUGCACAGUUUUAACCACAGCCAUGGUGCCGGUGCUAAUAACAUUAUUGGCAAGGGUGCCGGAGGUAUCAGUGCCAAAAUCAUUACACAGUUAUCAAUUACAUUUCUUUUAUAAUUAACCAAUUAUAAUAGCAUCUUACUUUUAUGUUAAGAAAUUUUAUUUCUUAAA